AUGAAGUUCACCGGCCUCACUGCCAUGGGUUUGAUGGGCUGCGCCCUCGCCCUACCCCACGGCCCUCAUCAUAUUGGCCCUCAACCAUCCGACCAACCCACGCCUUCGGGUCCUCCUCCCCCACCACCCAGCGCCAGCGACUUCGAUAAGCGUCAUGGCUUCGAGCGCCGCCAGGACUUUGGAAUCCCUACUGGCCUGCCUUUCUCUAUUCCCUCUGGUUUCCCUACCAGUCUUCCCUCUGGACUCCCCGGGUUUGGUGGCUUUGGUGAAAUCGGCAAGCGUCAGUUUGCUCAGCCUAGCGGCCUGGCUCCCUCUGGCCUUAUGACUUCUGGUCCAGCCCCUUCUGUUACUCAUACGGGCUUCUCUCAGCCUAGUGGUAGCUUCCCCAAUGCCUCUGGUGUUCCUGUUGGGUUCCCUCCAUCGGGGGAUUCUUUUAACGAGCGUGGUCUGCCUCCUUUCCCCGAGCCCAGUGGCCCUGUUCCAUCGGGACCUGCUCCCUCGGGCCCACCUCCCUCUGGCUCUGCUCCGGCAGGCCCUGUCCCAACUGCUCGUGUUUAA